UGUUCGAAGUAGAAGGCUCAGUGCCGCACUAUUUACGCCUCCGCUUCACGCAUCGUGAGGUCCGUUGUAGUAUCCGCCACUCAUCUUUACCAUUUUCUCUCUUGCAAAAUCCGGCGCUACAUCCCGGGAAGUCGCCGGAGACCAGUGGCUCGUUUCGGUUUCCCGGUUCCAAUGGAUCCCCAACGAAGGCGGCUGCGCCUACAGGCUCUUUCUCUCUUCCUCUUCUACUUAGUGCUCUCCGUCCACUGCGUCGACCUAAGCUGGGGGAAGAAGAAAAAGCACGAGAUCAAGGGCCCAAUUAAGACGAUUGUUGUUGUAAUCAUGGAGAACCGCUCCUUCGACCACAUCCUCGGCUGGCUUAAGUCCUCCCGGCCGGAUAUCGACGGCCUCACCGGCCGCGAGUCUAAUCACAUCUCCGCCUCGGACCCUUCGUCGUCGGAAAUCUUCGUCUCUAAUGACGCCGUGUUCAUUGAUUCGGACCCCGGCCACUCUUUCCAGGCCAUACGAGAGCAAAUCUUUGGUUCUGCGGAUACCUCCCUCAACCCCGCCCCCAUGAACGGCUUCGCCCAGCAGGCGGCCAGUAUGGGUGAGGGCAUGGAUCGCACCGUGAUGAGCGGCUUCGCUCCUGAGAAUGUUCCCAUCUACACCGCCCUCGCAAAUGAGUUCGCCGUUUUCGACCGCUGGUUUGCUUCUGUCCCGUCUUCUACCCAGCCCAACCGCUUCUACGUCCACUCUGCCACUUCCCAUGGCGCCAUGAGCAACGUCCGCCACGACCUCAUCCACGGAUUCCCUCAAAAAACUAUAUUUGACUCGCUUAACGAUGAGGGGCUGAGCUUCGGCAUAUACUAUCAGAACAUUCCCGCAACACUCUUCUUCAAGAGUCUAAGGAAGCUCAAAAACGUCUUGAAGUUCCAUAACUACAAGCACACUUUUAAAUUGCAUGCGAAGUUGGGAAAACUGCCGAAUUAUGUGGUGAUCGAGCAGCGCUACUUUGAUAUUGAGCUCUUUCCAGCUAACGACGACCAUCCCUCUCACGAUGUGGCUCGUGGGCAGAAUUUUGUGAAGGAGGUCUAUGAGACGCUGAGAUCAAGCCCGCAGUGGAAUGAGACGGCUCUGCUCAUCACCUAUGAUGAGCAUGGGGGGUUCUACGAUCAUGUUCCAACCCCGGUGGAAGGGGUGCCAAGUCCUGAUGGAAUCAUUGGCCGUGAGCCCUACUACUUCAAAUUUGAUCGUUUGGGGGUGCGGGUGCCAACCUUUCUGAUAUCCCCUUGGAUUGAGAAAGGGACUGUUAUUCAUGAGCCCAACGGUCCUACCAAAAGCUCAAAGUUUGAACAUUCAUCUGUCCCCGCAACAGUCAAAAAGCUUUUCAAUAUGAACUCGAAUUUUCUCACGAAGAGGGAUGCAUGGGCUGGAACUUUUGAAAGCUACUUCUCUCUUCGAAAGACCCCUCGAACUAAUUGUCCAGAAAAACUACCAGAAGUCACAAGAUCUCUAAGGCCCCAUGGUCCUAAGGAAGAUUCAUCUCUGUCCGAAUUUCAAGAGGAGCUGAUCCAACUCGCCUCUCAACUCAAUGGAGACCAUGUUCUUAGCGCAUACCCACACAUCGGCAAGGAUAUGACCGUUGGUCAAGCGAACCUCUAUGCCGAGGAUGCAGUUGCGAGGUUCUUGGAAGCUGGAAAGGCUGCACUGAGGGCCGGGGCGAAUGAAUCUGCCAUUGUCACUAUGAGGCCUGCUCUCACUAGCAGGUCUGCUGCUGGAGACUCCAACCCUGCUGUUCAGACUAUUUGAACAUGAAUGCCACUCCCUGCAGAAACUGUGAAAUCCACUUUGAAUUCUUGCGGGGAAGUCAUGUUGAUUGUUGCUGUUGGGUAAUAUUACUCCCCUGAAUAUACUAACUAUUAUGAUAUAUGAUAGCGCUUUACUUUGGAUAUUUGUAUAGGAAAACUGCCUUCAAUCUCUAUUAAGCCAUUUUAUAUCAGUUUGUAAUGAUUUGGAAGCACUUUAUGUUCCAUCUGUCCUUGGAUUAGACAGGAAGGCCAUAUCAUUUGUAUGUGUAAUAUAGCCAAGGCUUAUUUUCUGUCAUAUAUUGCAAUUUCUCUUA